AUGCAUUCCAGUAACCCCAAAGUGAGGAACUCCCCGUCAGGCAACACACAGAGUAGCCCCAAAUCAAAGCAGGAGGUGAUGGUCCGUCCCCCUACAGUGAUGUCCCCGUCUGGCAACCCUCAGCUGGAUUCCAAAUUUUCCAACCAAGGCAAACAAGGGGGCUCCACCAGCCAAUCCCAGCCCUCUCCCUGUGACCCCAAAAGUGGAGGUCACACCCCCAAAGUACUCCCGGGCCCGGGUGGGAGUAUGGGGCUGAAGAAUGGGGCUGGAAAUGGUGCCAAGGGGAAGGGGAAGAGAGAGAGGAGCAUUUCGGCAGACUCCUUUGAACAGAGGGAAGCUGGGACUCCUAAUGAUGACCCGGAAAUCAAAGACUGCAAUUCUGCUGAUCAUGUCAAGUCCCAGGAGUCUCAGCAUACACCACACUCCAUGACUCCUUCAAAUGCUUCAGCCCCAAGGUCUUCCACACCUUCCCAUGGUUUGACUGCCACUUUGGAGCCAGCAAGUGGGCAGAAGACUCCAUCCAAAGUGGUUUAUGUCUUUUCUACUGAGAUGGCCAACAAGGCUGCAGAAGCUGUGCUGAAGGGACAGGUGGAAACCAUCGUGUCCUUUCAUAUCCAGAACAUCUCAAACAGCAAGGCGGAACGAAACACUGUACCCUUGAACCCCCAGAUCACUGCACUUCGGACUGAACCCAAGCCCCUGCCGCAGCCCCAGCCCCCCGCUGCCCAGGACCAGAACCCUCCGCAGAACGCCAAAAUGCAGCCGACUCCACCCGUGUCGGCGCCAGUAUCCAAACCCACUGGCCCCCCAUGUCCCAUAGAUCAGGACAGUCCCAGUGUGGAAAGCAAAGUCAUGUCUGUGGGCAGCCCUGCUAACUCUACCCCAUUGCAGACAGAAGGAUUUGGGCAGAGUUCAACCCCUAAUAAUCGAGCAGUUAGCCCAGUUUCCCAAGGUAGCAAUAGCUCUGCUGCGGACCCCAAAGGUCCUCCCCAGCAGGGGUCUGGUGGAGACCCAUCCAGCUUGGGUGAGAAUCCCGAUGGACUGUCACAGGAGCAGCUGGAGCACCGAGAGCGCUCGUUGCAGACCCUGAGAGACAUCCAGCGCAUGCUCUUCCCUGAUGAAAAGGAGUUUGCGGGAGGGCAAAGUGGGGGGCCACCCCCAAAUGCUGGGGUGCUGGAUGGUCCCCAAAAGAAACCCGAAGGGCCGAUACAGGCUAUGAUGGCUCAAUCCCAAAGUUUAGGCAAAGGGUCGGGGUCUCGGACAGAUGGAGGGGCUCCCUUUGGCCCUCAAGGACACAGGGACAUGCCUUUUUCCCCAGAUGAAAUGGGGCCACCACCAAUGAACUCCCAGUCAGGAGCCAUAGGCCCAGACCACCUGGACCAUAUGACUCCUGAGCAGGUGGCCUGGCUCAAGCUGCAGCAGGAGUUUUACGAGGAGAAGAGAAGGAAGCAAGAGCAGGUGGUUGUGCAGCAAUGUUCCCUGCAGGACAUGAUGGUCCACCAGCACGGCCCUCGUGGGGUGGUCCGAGGUCCUCCCCCUCCCUACCAGAUGACCCCUGCUGAGGGCUGGGGACCCGGAGGUCCAGAGCCCUUCCCUGAAGGCAUGAACAUGUCCCACUCUCUGCCCCCCAGGGGCAUGGCCCCUCAUCCCAAUGUGCCCGGGAGCCAGAUGCGCCUGCCUGGUUUUGCAGGAAUGAUGAACCCUGACAUGGAAGGCCCCAAUAUCCCGAAUCCCGCCUCACGGCCUGGGCUUUCAGGAGUUAGUUGGCCAGAUGAUGUGCCAAAAAUCCCAGAUGGCCGAAACUUCCCUCCUGGUCAGGGUGUCUUCAGUGGCCCUGGCCGAGGGGAGCGGUUCCCCAAUCCGCAGGGCCUGCCUGAAGAGCUCUAUCAGCAACAGCUGGCUGAGAAACAGAUGGGCCUCCCGCCUGGUCUGAACAUGGAAGGCAUCCGGCCUGGCAUGGAGAUCAACAGAAUGAUGCCCUCCCAGAGACACAUGGAGCCUGGAAACAACCCCAUCUUCCCUCGCAUGCCGGUAGAAGGACCAAUGAGUCCCUCUAGGGGGGACUUCCCAAAAGGAAUACCCCCACAAAUGGCUUCUAGCAGGGAGCUGGAGUUUGGGAUGGGCCCUGGCAGCAUGAAGGGGGACAUGGGCAUGAAUGUCAGCAUGGGCUCCAACCCACCCCUGGUCCCUCAGAAGCUGAGGGAGGCAGGAGUUGGGCCAGAAGAGAUGAUGAAGCUGCGCCCUGGUGUCUCGGAGAUGCUCUCCUCUCAGCAGAAAAUGGUGCCGCUGCCGUUUGGGGAGCACCCACAGCAGGAGUAUGGCAUGGGUCCCAGGCCUUUCCUUCCCAUGUCUCAGGGCCCAGGAGUUGGUCUCCGGAAUCUCAGAGAACAGAUGGGGCCUGACCAAAGGACUAACAACCGGCUCAGCCACAUGCCGCCACUACCUCUCAAUCCCACCAGUAACCCGAAUAGCCUCAACACUGCUCCCCCUGCGCAGCGCAGCCUCGGCCGCAAGCCCUUGGAUAUCUCUGCAGCUGGUCAGGUGCAUUCGCCAGGAAUCAACCCCCUGAAGUCACCCACGAUGCGCCAAGUCCAGUCUCCCAUGAUGGGAUCUCCCUCGGGGAACCUCAAGUCCCCUCAGACGCCCUCCCAGCUGGCAGGAAUGCUCGCGGGCCCCACUGCCGCAGCUGCUGCUGCCUCCAUUAAAUCCCCUCCUGUCUUGGGGUCUGCUGCUGCUUCUCCUGUCCACCUCAAGUCUCCGUCUCUCCCUGCACCUUCUCCUGGAUGGACUUCAUCUCCAAAGCCUCCUUUGCAGAGCCCUGGGAUUCCCCCGAACCAUAAGGCGUCUCUAACCAUGUCUUCUCCAGCCAUGCUGGGGAAUGUGGAGUCGGGUGGUCCACCUCCGUCGACAGUCAGCCAGUCUGCUCCUGUGACUCUCCCUGGAAAUCUUCCUUCUAGCAGCCCUUACACAAUGCCUCCAGAGCCAACCCUCUCCCAGAAUCCCCUCUCCAUUAUGAUGUCCAGGAUGUCCAAAUUUGCCAUGCCCAGCUCUACACCGCUCUAUCAUGAUGCUAUCAAAACUGUGGCCAGCUCGGAUGAUGACUCCCCUCCAGCACGCUCCCCAAACUUGCCACCUAUGAACAGUGUACCAGGAAUGGGCAUUAAUUCUCAGAAUCCUCGAAUUUCAGGUCCAAACCCAGUGGGUCCAAUGCCAACCCUUAGCCCAAUGGGAAUGACCCAGCCUCUUUCCCAUAACAACCAGAUGCCCUCUCCAAAUGCUAUGGGACCCAAUAUACCUCCUCACGGGGUCCCCGUGGGACCCGGCCUGAUGUCACACAACCCAAUGAUGGGGCAUGGUUCCCAGGAGUCUCCAAUGGUACCUCAAGGACGCCUGGGCUUCCCGCAGGGGUUCCCUCCCGUACAGUCCCCUCCACAGCAGGUGCCAUUUCCACACAAUGGGCCCAGCGGUGGACAAGGCAACUUCCCAGCGGGAAUGGGCUUCCAUGGAGAAGGACCUCUGGGACGUCCUGCCAACCUGCCCCAAAGUUCGACAGAUCCAGCACUUUGCAAGACUGGAGGCCCUGGCGGUCCAGACUCCUUCACUGUUCUUGGAAACAACAUGCCUUCGGUUUUCACUGAUCCAGAGCUGCAGGAGGUGAUCCGUCCUGGAGCCACGGGAAUACCCGAGUUUGACCUGUCCAGGAUUAUCCCGUCGGAGAAGCCCAGCCAGACACUACAGUAUUUCCCUCGUGGGGAGGUGCCGGGCCGCAAGCAGCCGCAGGGUCCCGGGCCUGGCUUCUCCCACAUGCAGGGGAUGAUAGGAGAGCAGACCCCGAGGAUGGGACUAACAUUGCCCGGCAUGGGUGGCCCUGGGCCGGUGGGAACUCCGGAUAUCCCCCUUGGCACGGCUCCGUCCAUGCCCGGUCACAACCCGAUGAGGCCGCCGGCCUUCUUGCAGCAGGGCAUGAUGGGGCCGCACCACCGCAUGAUGUCACCAGCACAGCCCGCCAUGCCCGGCCAGCCCGCCCUCAUGAGCAACCCCGUGGCCGCCGUGGGCAUGAUCCCGGGCAAGGACCGAGCCCCCGCCGGGCUGUACAGCCACCCGGGCCCCGUGGGGUCACCUGGGAUGAUGAUGUCAAUGCAGGGCAUGAUGGGACCCCAACAAAACAUCAUGAUUCCCCCCCAGAUGAGGCCCCGAGGUAUGGCUGCUGAUGUUGGCAUGGGAGGAUUUAGCCAAGGCCCUGGAAACCCAGGGAACAUGAUGUUUUAAGCUGCUACCGUAAGACUGGAUGUUCUGAUCCUUGUCAAGAUGAGAUUCUGAGUCCUGAGGGCUUUUUUGGGAGCUUCAGGAGUAAGUUUGGCCAUGCAAUAGGUGAAAAGAGACCAGAGGACGCUUUGGGAAAUCUCGAAUGUAUGGAAUUACCUGAAAAAAAAAUAUUCAUUUUAACAGGUUGUUUUUUUUUUAAGAUUUAUUUUUUAAAAAUUAUUUUUGUGGACUUGGGUAUCCCGUGACGGCACCUGCUUUGAGAAUCUGUAGCUGUAUUUUGAGAAUUGCCAUUUGUCACAAGUUGCACCAUUCUCUGUAUGUUUACGUCCUUCGGACUGGCUUCUCCCAGGACUCUCGGUUAUUUUUGGGGUUUUUUGUGUACUGUACUAUAUUGUAAAAGGGAUUUUAGCAGAGACUUUAGU